AUGACAAGACAAUAUGCCACAGUAAAGGAUAACUCUGGUAAGUCCGGUCGCCGCAAGACGCGACCGCUGGAAAAGCUAGCGCCCUCAGGGAACAAAAAGCCAGCAGGCCAAGACAUGCUCGUUUAUGAAGAAGAAGACACCGAGGACUGGAGCUCGUUUUUGGAAGAGUAUGAUGCGUUGGAAGCAGAAGAUGGCAUGAGGGUCGCGUCGGAUGCCUCUGCUUCUCAAGUCUCGGAGGACGCUAAAAUAGUGGAGGAGUAUAGGCUUGAAGAGGAUGCGGACGGAAACCUGCAAGUGAUGCCCACAAAAAGAGAAGGGCUUAAAUCGAAGAUAAAAUCAGCACACAAUCUGCUGCAAAAGGCUCGUCAAGCAGGUGCCAUGACGGAAGAUGAUUGGUUCGAGUUUUUGCGGCGCACCGGCAUGGACCGAUCAGAGGAAAACGAUUUUCAGAGUGCCUUUUUCGAGGACGUUGGCGAGGGAGAACCUUCUAUCAAGCAUCCCCCUCCUUUGCGAAAAGGCAGACACAUGCGCAAGGCCCCGCCAAAAUUUGUGGACCGGAUAGGCGUGGCCGUGACCGGAGGUAAGGGCGGAAAGGGAUGCAUUAGUUUCGAGAAGAUGGCAAACGCCAGAGGAGGGGCGGUCAAACGUCCCUCGGGGGGCCACGGAGGCCAGGGUGGGGACGUGAUUUUUGUCGCGGAUCCGCGCGUGCAGAGCCUGGGGAUGGACCGGCACCAUUUCCAUGGCAAGGCAGGGGGCUCUGGGGACUCGAACAAGAAACACGGGGCCCGCGGUGCGCACGCGGUCGUUCGCGUUCCUUGCGGCACGGUGGUCAAGGAGGUCUUGCGGAGCGGCAGGGGCGGGGGAUAUGAGCGGGUCCAAGUCUGCGACCUAGAUCAGCCUUUAAGCUACUACCGGGCUGCCACAGGGGGACGCCCGGGACUGGGCAACUCCGUGCAGGCGGGGCGAGCCCGUAACUCCGCCUCUGCCUCCGGCAAUUUUCGGUCCCCUGGCCAUCAGGGUGAGGAGCGGUUCUAUGAGUUGGAGCUUAAAACGAUCGCGGAUGUGGGCCUGGUCGGCUACCCAAAUGCAGGAAAGUCCACCCUCUUGGGUGGGCUCUCCCGGGCCCGGCCGGCGGCAGCCGCUUACCCUUUUACCACCCUCCACCCCACUGUGGGCCGAGUCGAGUACACGGAUGCGGCCAGCGUGACGGUCGCGGACUUGCCCGGUCUUAUCGAAGGGGCUCACGCCAACAAGGGCUUGGGUCACGAGUUUCUCAGGCACAUCGAACGGACCAAGGUACUGGUCUACGUGCUCGACGGGGUGGGGAGAGAGGGUGGGGCGGGCGUGGACGACGGCAGUGUCGUGGAGGAGGCACCGGUGACUGUGUUUCGGAAGUUAAAGAAAGAGCUGGAGCUGUACUGCCCUGGCUUGUCGCGCCGCCCAUCGUUAGUGUGGCUAAACAAAGCCGACUUGAACGCGGAGUGGGUCAGCGAGGCCAAGGCGGCUGUGAUGGCCGACAUGAGCGGAGACGAUGCAACAGCUGACCGCCCACAGGCAUGGGGGGAAUCGACGAUGGGCCAGCGGGGGCGGGUCCCGAAUGUUCUUUCGGGCAGUGCACGCACGGGGGAAGGGAUAGGUGAGCUUGCGCACGAAUUACGACGGGUUGUGGAUAGGGUGGCUCAGGAGGACGAGAAAGCACAGGGUUACGGCGGAGGAGGAGGACAUGGCGGUGGUGAGGGCGGGAAGCUGUGGGCAAGGGAGACGGGGGGCUCGGACCACGCGCUCCCGCACCGCCAGGGUGGGAUUGAAGGCGUGGGCGGCCUUGGAGUUGACUCAGAGAUUCAAUGUUGA